AUGGUCUUCACUGGCUAUGGUCGGCCCCUACCGCAGGCCCAAAUUUCCAGCCACCUCCCAUGUCUGCAGCAUGAGAUAUUUUUCACUGUAGGACCACCACUGUCAGGUGCAUCCUGGGGCUGUGUGAAGCCGGCACGUUCUUCACGCCCAACGGGGCGGCUGAGCAUUAAGGGCUCCCAGGGAGUGAUUGCCUCACAUAGCGGAUGUGUUCCUCGUGGGUUUAAGAAGUCUGUGGAGAGCGACAUCCAUGGGCUCCGAAAGGUAGUGGAUGACACUAACAUCACGAGGCUGCAGCUGGAGACAGAAAUUGAAGCCCUCAAGGAGGAGCUGCUGUUCAUGAAGAAGAAUCACGAGGAGGAAGUCAAAGGACUGGAAGCCCAGAUUGCCCGUUCUGGAUUGACCGUGGAAGUGGAUGCCCCCAAAUCUCAGGACCUCAGCAAGAUCAUGGCUGACAUCCGGGCCCAGUAUGAGGAGCUGGCUCAGAAGAAUCGUGAGGAACUGGACAAGUACUGGUCCCAGCAGAUUGAGGAGAGCACCACGGUAGUCACCACCCAGUCUGCUGAAAUCAGAGAUGCCGAGACUACACUCACAGACCUGAGGCGCACCUUCCAGGCCUUGGAGAUUGACCUGGAAGCCAUGAAAAAUCAGAAGAUCAGCUUGGAGAACAGCCUUAGGGAUGUGGAGGCCCGAUACAACAUACAGAUGGAGCAGCUCAAUGGGGUCCUUCUGCACCUGGAGUCAGAGCUGGCCCAAACCCGGGCAGAGGGGCAGCGCCAGACCCAGGAAUAUGAAGCCCUGCUGAACAUCAAGGUCAAGCUUGAGGCUGAGAUUGCCACCUACCGCCGCUUGCUGGAAGAUGGGGAAGACUUCCGUCUCAACGAUGCCCUGGACUCCAGGACAACCAGCCGCAAGGUCGUGGAUGGCAAAGUGGUGUCUGAGACCAACGACACCAGAGUUCUGAGGCACUGAGGCUGACAAGGAGGCUACCCCUGGGGACCAAGGGACCAAUAAAAGUUGAGAAAU